GACUACCACACCGUCAUUCCACUGCAUGCUGGAGUAUGUUACCACGAAUUCGGAAUUCGGGCGCCUGAAAUAAACACACAAUACAAUCAGCCAGCCAUGAAUGCCAUCGACGGCACAGAUCGUCAUACAAAGGUGGACGAGGGACCGCCACCUUCGCUCUUGACUAUUGUCUUAGACACGAAUCCACACGCGUGGGCGCAUCUAUCCUCCUCUCUCCCGCUUUCAACCGCUCUUGCCAACAUUCUCAUCUUCGUGAACGCGCACCUUGCUUCUGGCAACGCCAACUGUGUCGCAGUGAUAGCUGCACACUCCCAAAAGGCCUGUUUCCUAUACCCCGCACCAACUCAUGUGUCCAAGCGACGUGAGAACGGUACUGCAAAUGGCGAUGUGGAGAUGGGCGGUACUUCGGAUCGCCCUCCCCACAGCAUUCCCGAUAACCCAAACAAAUACCGACCGUUUUCAACAGUGGAGACAGCAAUUGUAAAUAGCUUCACGAAGCUGAUGGAAGAGACACAUGAGGUGGAUCUGGCUUCAACUCCCACUACAAUGAUCGGGGGCGCUCUCUCACUUGCACUAUCCUUCAUAGCAAAGACAACACUACUCCAUGCGCCUGUUACAUCGCGAGCAGAUGACAUGAUGGCGCUUGCAGAUUCCGAAACAACCCAGGCCCAGCGUGUUCCUCUUACCUCACGCAUUUUAAUCGUUUCAGUCAGCGGAGACCUUGCAAAUCAGUACAUUCCUGUAAUGAACAGCAUCUUCGCCGCUCAAAGGAAGCGGAUACCAAUUGACAUAUUGAAGCUUGCGGGGGAUACAGUCUUGCUUCAGCAGGCCAGUGAUGCUACUGGAGGGAUAUAUAUGAAACCCGAGAACCCGGGAGGGUUGCUGCAGUACCUGAUGAUGGCUUUUCUACCGGACGCUACAGCAAGAACUCACUUGGUUAUGCCAAGUGCGGGUGGAGUCGACUUCCGAGCAGCCUGCUUUUGUCACCGGAAAGUCGUGGACAUUGGAUACGUCUGCAGUGUAUGUCUGAGUAUAUUUUGCACGUCACAAAUACAAGGCAAUCUGUGCCAGACCUGCGGAUCGUACCUUUCUUUACGUAGCGCGCAGAUGAAUCCACCUGCGCUCAUCCCGAAAAAGAAAAAGAAGAAAAGGCGGGUAGGGCAAGGCACAGACUCUGCUACACCAGGAGGUAGCACUCCAGUAGGAUCAGGUACACCGAUGCAUUCAUGA